GCCGAGCCGAGCGCCGCCGAGCCGAGCCGCUGCCCUGCUCGCCCCCCAGGCCCCGCGCCGCGUCCCCCGCGCCCCGGAAAGCUGGAUUUCCGAGGCUGGAGGCGCCUGGCCGACUGGGUGGGGACCACCAUGGGCAACGCGGCCGGCAGCGCGGAGCAGCCCGCGGGCCCCGCCGCGCCGUCCCCCAAGCAGCCCGCGGCGCCCAAGCAGCCGAUGCCCGCGGCCGGGGAGCUGGAGGAGAGGUUCAACCGGGUUCUGAACUGCAUGAACUUGCCGCCGGACAAAGUGCAGCUGCUGAGCCAGUAUGACAAUGAGAAGAAGUGGGAGCUCAUUUGUGACCAGGAGCGGUUUCAGGUCAAGAACCCUCCAGCAGCCUACAUCCAGAAGCUGAGAAGCUACGUGGAAACGGGUGGGGUCAGCCGAAAGGUAGCAGCGGACUGGAUGUCUAACUUGGGGUUUAAGAGGCGAGUUCAGGAGUCCACACAGGUGCUGCGGGAGCUGGAGAUCUCCCUGAGGACAAACCACAUUGGGUGGGUGGAGGAGUUCCUCAACGAGGAGAAUCGUGGCCUGGAUGUGCUCCUCGAGUACCUGGCCUUUGCCCAGUGCUCCGUCACGUAUGACAUGGAGAGUACGGACAAUGGGGUCCCUGGCGCAGAGAAAAGCAAGCCGCUGGAGCAGUCGGUGGAAGAUCUCAGCAAGGGUCCUCCCUCAUCCUUGCCUCCACAGCCCAAGAGUCGCCACCUGACCAUCAAGUGCCCCCCCUCUCCCCGGCUGACCCCCGCCCACAGCAGGAAGACCCUGAGGAAUUCUCGCAUUGUUAGCCAGAAGGAUGACGUCCAUGUGUGCAUCAUGUGCUUGCGUGCCAUCAUGAACUACCAGUCUGGCUUCAGCCUCGUCAUGACCCACCCAGCCUGUGUCAAUGAGAUUGCUUUGAGCCUCAACAACAAGAACCCAAGAACCAAGGCUCUGGUGCUGGAGCUACUGGCAGCUGUGUGUCUGGUGCGGGGAGGGCAUGAUAUCAUUCUUGCGGCCUUUGACAACUUCAAGGAGGUGUGUGGGGAGCAGCACCGCUUCGAGAAGCUGAUGGAGUAUUUCCAGAAAGAAGACAGCAACAUUGAUUUCAUGGUGGCCUGCAUGCAAUUCAUCAACAUCGUGGUACACUCUGUGGAGAACAUGAACUUCCGUGUCUUCCUGCAAUAUGAGUUCACCCACCUGGGCCUGGACUUGUACUUGGAGAGGCUCCGGCUCACAGAGAGUGACAAGCUGCUGGUACAGAUUCAAGCAUACUUGGAUAAUGUUUUUGAUGUGGGUGCACUGCUGGAGGACACCGAGACCAAGAAUGCUGUGCUGGAGCACAUGGAAGAGCUGCAGGAGCAGGUGGCCCUGCUGACGGAGAAGCUUCGGGACGCGGAGAACGAAUCCAUGGCCAAGAUCGCCGAACUGGAAAAGCAGCUAAGCCAGGCUCGGAAGGAGUUGGAGACCCUGAGGGAGCGCUUCAGCGAGUCGACCCCCAUGGGCGCCUCCAGGCGUCCUCCUGAGCCCGAGAAAGUGCCUACCUCCGUGCCGGCGGCGCGGCCCUCGGCCUUAGAGCUGAAGGUGGAGGAGCUGGAGGAGAAGGGGUUAAUCCGCAUCCUGCGGGGGCCCGGGGAUGCCGUCUCCAUUGAGAUCCUUCCCGUCGCCGUGGCAACUCCGAGCCGCAGUGACGCCCUGACUCCUCCAGGAGUGCCCGCCCCAGAAGUGCCCACCAGCUCACCCAGCCCAGGCUCAGAUCUCCUACCUUCGGCAGAGCCGGCUCCUGGAGCAGCACCCCCGCCGCCGCCACCACCACCACCCCCACUUCCCAGUUCCUCCUCCCAGCAGGAAGCCCCGCCUUCAGCACCCCCACUGGCCUCACCCAUCCCUGGCAGCUCGGAUCCCCCGCCCCCACCGCUGCCGGGAGGCUUGCCGCCCCCACCCCCGCCGCCACCGCUGCCUCCCGGUGCAGAUGGACCAGUGCCUCCGCCGCCUCCACCGCCUCCAGGAGGUCCCUCUGAUGCUCUUGGAGGGUCCGGCCCAGAGAUGGGCCCGGGAGUAAAGGCCAAGAAACCAAUACAGACCAAGUUCAGAAUGCCACUCCUAAACUGGGUGGCCCUGAAACCCAGCCAGAUCACAGGCACCGUCUUCACUGAGCUCAAUGAUGAGAAGGUGCUGCAGGAGCUAGACAUGAGUGACUUUGAGGAACAGUUCAAGACUAAGUCCCAAGGUCCCAGCCUGGACCUCAGUGCUCUCAAGGGUAAGGCAGCCCAGAAGGCCCCCAGCAAGGCCACCCUCAUCGAGGCCAACCGGGCCAAGAACCUGGCCAUCACCUUGCGCAAGGGCAACCUGGGGGCUGACCGCAUCUGCCAGGCCAUCGAGAUGUAUGACCUACAGGCCCUUGGCCUGGACUUCCUGGAACUGCUGACCCGCUUCCUGCCCACGGAGUACGAGCGCAGCCUGAUCACCCGCUUCGAGCAGGAGCAGCGACCCAUGGAGGAGCUGUCAGAGGAGGACCGCUUUAUGCUUCGCUUCAGCCGCAUCCCGCGCCUGCCGGAGCGCAUGGCCACGCUCACCUUCCUGGGCAACUUUCCGGAUACUGUCCAGCUGCUCAUGCCGCAACUGAAUGCCAUCAUUGCAGCCUCAAUGUCCAUCAAGUCCUCUGACAAACUCCGCCAGAUCCUGGAGAUUGUCCUGGCCUUUGGCAACUACAUGAACAGCAGCAAGCGUGGAGCAGCCUAUGGCUUCCGGCUCCAGAGUCUGGAUGUGCUGCUGGAGAUGAAGUCCACCGACCGCAAGCAGACGCUGUUGCACUACCUAGUGAAGGUCAUUGCUGAGAAGUACCCACAGCUCACAGGUUUCCACAGCGACCUACACUUUUUGGACAAGGCAGGGUCAGUGUCCUUGGACAGCGUCCUAGGGGACGUGCGUUCCCUCCAGCGAGGCCUGGAGUUGACCCAGCGAGAGUUUGUGCGGCAGGACGACUGCAUGGUGCUCAAGGAGUUCUUGAGGGCCAACUCGCCCACCAUGGAUAAACUGCUGGCAGACAGCAAGACUGCUCAGGAGGCCUACGAAUCUGUGGUAGAGUACUUCGGAGAGAACCCCAAGACCACAUCCCCCUCCAUGUUCUUUUCCCUCUUUAGCCGUUUCAUCAAGGCCUACAAGAAAGCUGAGCAGGAGGUGGAACAGUGGAAGAAGGAAGCAGUAGCCCAGGAGGCAGGUGCCGAUGCCCCGGGCAAAGAGGAAGCUCCAGCACCCAAGGCCCGGCGGCAGCAGAUGGACCUCAUCUCUGAGCUGAAGCGGAAGCAGCAGAAGGAGCCACUUAUCUAUGAGAGUGACCGUGAUGGCGCCAUUGAAGAUAUCAUCACAGAUCUGCGGAAUCAGCCCUACAUCCGCUCAGACACAGGCCGCAGAAGUGCUCGCCGUCGCCCCCCGGGACCCCCCCUGCAGGUCACCUCGGAUCUCUCGCUCUAGCCCGCAGUUUCUGCUGAUGGACUCAGUGGGGGAUUGGCAAGCCGUGGCACAAGGAAGGUGGCCCUCAGCUCAGCUCGGCUGGGCCUGGGCGACCCCCUCUGGCGCUGCCACCUUCUGAGAUGGGCCCACCCCAGGUGGUGGGUGUGGGGAUGGGGGGGCGCAGGGGCGUGGUGGAGGUACAGCAUCGCCAGCUGCUCCCCCAAAUGCUGCUUGCAGCACCCCUCACCCCCUAAUAGCCAUACUUAGCCUCAGCCGGAGCCUGGCCUGUAACUUAUAAAGUGCAACGUCGUGCUCCACCCUUAGCUCCGGGAACUCUCCAAGGACCUUAUUUUUAUACAAGAUUAAUAAAGAUGAUUAAUAAAGAUGUUUGCAAAA